UCUUUGAGUCACCCUAUUUAAGAAGCUGUCAAAAUGUGGCUGUGUUCAUUAUCUGUUUAUGUUUUCAUUGUAAUUUUACGUGUCGGCAAUUAGUAGUAAACUAGUAAAAUUUAUAAUAAAAUGAUCAAAUUAAUAUAUUUAUUACUCACAAUAUUUGUAACAUAUGCUGUAGGAGAAUUUACGGCGAACGAUUGCCGUGAAUUGGGUUUCAUCAAAGGCCAAUUAUUGUGUUCCAGUUGUGAAAAACUUGAUGAUUUUGGUUUGGAAACUUUAAAACCUCAUUGUCGUGAAUGCUGUAAGUUGGAUGAAUUGCCGGCUGCCCAACGUCGUUAUCCCAAAGCAAUAUUGGAAGUAUGUACCUGUAAAUUCCGGGCAUAUCCUCAGAUACAGGCUUUUAUUAAGAGCGGCCGACCAGCCAAAUUUCCCAACCUAACCAUCAAAUAUGUACGAGGUUUAGAUCCCAUUGUUAAGUUGCUGGACAAAAGCGGCAAUGUUAAAGAGACCCUAUCCAUUACUAAGUGGAACACGGAUACGGUUGAAGAAUUUUUCGAAACUCAUUUGGAAAAGGUGGGCGCCGCCGGGGCCAAACAAUCAUAUAGUGUAAUUGAAGAAGAAGAUGAUGAUGAUUUUCUUAGAACAAAUUUAAUUUGAAAAAAACAAAUUAUGUUUUCCUUUAGAUAGUUUGAAUUAUAAUUGAAACAAUGUACUUCAGUGUAAAUCGUAUUUUAUUUCCAGCAUUCCUUUAAGCAAUUAUCAAUGUCAUAGUAAAUUAUACAAUCAAAUUAUUAAAAAUGUCAUUAAAACAAUAGAGUUCUUCCUUAUUUUAAUACAAGAAAUAUAUUGGGAGCAAGAUUUUACAAAUCAUUGCAAAUUAAAAAAUAUGGUUAAAUUCGAACUAAA